ACAUGGAGGUUCCUGAUCCCAGUGACCCUUUGGGACAGCCCGAGGGACACGACGGCCCUGUUCCGACUCUGAAAGGUUACUUCCUGACUUUCCUGGAGCCGGUGAACAACAUCACCAUCGUCCAGGGCCAGACGGCCAUCCUGCACUGCAAGGUGGCCGGCAACCCGCCGCCCAGUGUGCGCUGGCUGAAGAACGACGCCCCUGUGGUACAGGAGCCACGGCGUGUCGUCAUCCGCAAGACGGACUACGGCUCGCGGCUGCGCAUCCAGGACCUGGACACCACCGACACCGGCUACUACCAGUGCGUGGCCACCAACGGGGUCAAGACCAUCACGGCCACCGGCGUCCUGUUUGUGCGGCUUGGUCCAACGCAUAGCCCAAAUCAUAACUUUCAAGAUGACUACCACGAGGACGGCUUCUGCCAGCCGUACCGGGGCAUCGCCUGUGCGCGCUUUAUCGGGAACAGGACCAUCUACGUAGACUCGCUGCAGAUGCAGGGGGAGAUCGAGAACCGGAUCACAGCCGCCUUCACCAUGAUCGGGACGUCCACGCACCUGUCGGACCAGUGCUCGCAGUUCGCCAUCCCGUCCUUCUGCCACUUCGUCUUCCCGCUGUGCGACGCGCGCUCCCGGGCGCCCAAGCCGCGCGAGCUGUGCCGCGACGAGUGCGAGGUGCUGGAGCGCGAGCUGUGCCGCCAGGAGUACUCCAUCGCGCGCGCCGACCCGCUGCUGCUCAUGCGCCUGCAGCUGCCCAAGUGCGAGGCGCUGCCCCUGCCCGAGAGCCCCGCGGCCGCCAGCUGCAUGCGCAUCGGCAUCCCGGCCGAGCGGCUGGGCCGCUACCACCAGUGCUACAAUGGCUCGGGCACGGAUUACAGGGGCACCGCCAGCACCACCAAAUCCGGGCACCAGUGCCAGCCGUGGGCCCUGCAGCACCCCCACAGCCACCACCUGAGCAGCGUGGACUUCCCCGAGCUGGGAGGGGGGCACGCGUACUGCCGGAACCCCGGCGGGCAGAUGGAGGGGCCCUGGUGCUUCACGCAGAACAAGAACGUGCGCAUGGAGCUGUGCGACCUCCCGUCCUGCGGCCCCCAGGACAGCAGCAAGAUGGGAAUUCUGUACAUCUUGGUCCCUAGCAUCGCCAUCCCGCUGGUCAUCGCCUGCCUCUUCUUCUUGGUCUGCAUGUGCCGGAAUAAGCAGAAGGCCUCGGCCUCCACGCCCCAGCGCCGCCAGCUCAUGGCCUCGCCCAGCCAGGACGUGGAGAUGCCGCUCAUCAGCCAGCACAAGCAGGGCAAACUCAAAGAGAUCAGCUUGUCCACCGUACGCUUUAUGGAGGAGCUGGGGGAGGACCGCUUCGGCAAGGUCUACAAGGGCCACCUGUUCAGCCCGGCCCCCGGGGAGCAGACCCAGGCCGUGGCCAUUAAGACGCUCAAGGACAAGGCGGAGGGGCCGCUGCGGGAGGAGUUCCGGCACGAGGCGCUGCUGCGGGCGCGGCUGCAGCACCCCAACAUCCUGUGCCUGCUGGGCGUGGUCACCAAGGACCAGCCCCUCAGCAUGGUCUUCAGCUACUGCCCGCACGGCGACCUGCACGAGUUCCUGGUCAUGCGCUCGCCGCACUCGGACGUGGGCAGCGCCGACGACGACCGCACGGUGAAGUCGGCGCUGGAGCCUCCGGACUUCGUGCACGUGGCCGUGCAGAUCGCCGCGGGCAUGGAGUACCUGGCCAGCCACCACGUGGUGCACAAGGACCUGGCCACCCGCAACGUGCUGGUGUUCGACAAGCUGACCGUGAAGAUCUCGGACCUGGGGCUCUUCCGCGAGGUCUACUCGGCCGACUACUACAAGCUGGUGGGCAGCGCGCUGCUGCCCAUCCGCUGGAUGUCCCCCGAGGCCAUCAUGUACGGCAAGUUCUCUGUGGACUCGGACAUCUGGUCGUUCGGCGUGGUGCUGUGGGAGGUGUUCAGCUACGGGCUGCAGCCCUACUGCGGCCACUCCAACCAGGACGUGGUGGAGAUGGUGCGCGGCCGCCAGGUGCUGCCCUGCCCGGACGACUGCCCCGCCUGGGUGUACGCGCUGAUGAUCGAGUGCUGGAACGAGUUCCCGGGGCUGCGGCCGCGCUUCAAGGACAUCCACAGCCGCCUGCGCGCCUGGGGCAACCUGGCGCCCUACAGCAGCUCGGCGCAGACCUCGGGCGCCAGCAACGCCACGCAGACCAGCUCGCUGAGCACCAGCCCCGUGAGCAACGUCAGCAACGCGCGCUACGGGGGCCCCAAGCCCAAGGCGCCGCCCUUCGCGCAGCCUCAGUUCAUCCCCAUGAAGGGCCAGAUUCGGCCGCUGGUGCCCCCGCCGCAGCUCUACAUCCCCGUCAACGGCUACCAGCCCGUGCCCGCCUACGGCGCCUACCUGCCCAACUUCUACCCGGUGCAGAUCCCGCUGCCCCUGGCCCCGCAGCAGGCGCCCGCGCCACUCGUGCCCAAGCCCGGCUCCCACCACAGCGGCAGCGGCUCCACCAGCACCGGCUACGUGACCACGGCGCCGUCCAACACCUCGGGCGCUGACCGGGCCGCCCUGCUGGUCGAGGGCCCCGAGGACACGCCGCACGCGGCCGACGAGGCGGCACAGAGCCCCGUGCAGGAGGCCGCGGAGGAGGAGGAGGACGGCUCCGUGCCCGAGACGGAGCUGCUGGGCGACAGUGACCCGCCGCAGGUGGACGAGGCCCCGGCCCCGCUGGACGCCUGA